UACUUUCUAAAUAAGUCUACUAGGUCCUAGUAGUAAAGGUUUUUACUUUGUUGAUACUAAUGUAGUAGACAAAACAGAAAACAUGCUGAAAUUUCACUACAUUCUAAACCUUUUCUUUCUAGGUCUUGUAAAACCAAUUCAUUGCCAGGGGCAGUGCUUUGAUUUUGAAAGCGGUGCACUACUCAGCACUGGGGGUGUUCCCGCCACAAGGAGCUUCCUUGCCUGUCAGAUUGUAGCGCCCUGCCCCGCAGCGAAUAUUAGCAGCGUGGUAUCGAUAGACAUAUACACGUCUGGUGUCGUUCGUCUGGCCAGGGUCAGUCAAGACAAACAAGUGAACGUCUUUCAAAGUGAUAAAGGUUUGACAUUAGAAGGGGUCGGAAGGGUGAAGAAGAACGGCGUGUCCUACCUGUUCGUUCAAUUCAACAGAAAUACAUUCACUGCUGAAACAGCGUUCCGGUGUGUGGUCUUCGCCAAAAAUGCAAGAGGCGAGACAUUCUUCAUCAGCAGUACCACGUCCCUCGUCAGCAGCGCCAAGGGCGGCACCGUUUCCAAUCUAAUGCUGCCGCUUAUGCUCACUGUUUCCCAGACUUUUGAAAAUCACAAGUACCUGUUGUCCAGACUUAGCGGGUUCACCAGUCAAGAAGCCAUACAGUACUGCGAAAAUUUUGGAGGGUAUUUGGCGGAAAUAAACUCUGAGGAAGAAUUCGGCGCGAUUUUGGACUUUAUUCAGUAUUUCAUGAAAGGCUAUUCUGUCUUAAUCGGAGGCACUGACGCUGCAGUCGAGUCCUCUUGGGUGUUCCAGCAUAGUGGUUCCCCGGUAGAGUUUUUCAAAUGGCAUAACGGUGAACCUAACAAUGUCGGCAAUGAGGAUUGCAUGGCGUUGGCUUUCUGGCCAGCUAAUGGGAUAUUAAUGAACGAUAUUCCCUGUAGUGAAGAGAAAGUGGGCGUCAAAUUCUUAUGUGAGAUAGAAAUGGAUUUGAAAUAAAAGGACCGGAAAUAAUAUAA